CUGCAGGGAGAGGCAGGACGAAGCUGGAGCGCUUGGGAAGGAGGGAGGGAGAGGAGCAGGCCUGAGGCCCAGAGCCCAAGAUGACCUGGAUGGAGCACAGGAUAGCUCAGGAAAGGGGAAGCGCCCGGUCUGAUGGGAGAGCGCUGGCCUGAGUGCUUCAGGAGACAGGACAGCGGGCACACAAAGCUCACUCGCUGAGCACCUCCUGUGUGCCAGGCCUGGAGGAGCUGCUGGGGCCCCGCCACCACCCCCAAAACACCCUGCUGAGACUCAGGCCUUCUGAGAGAUGCCACCCCGAGAGAGAGGCAGGGCCGGACAAGCAGAACCUUGUGCGUGGCUGGCAGCCCUCUGGCCCCAGGCUUCAGAGACUGGGCCCCCUCCCCUGAGGGUGACCCCAGUGCUGGUGAGGGCGGAUCAGGGAUGGGUGGUAGGGAUGUCGCGGGGAGAGGGAAGUGGGUGUCGGCGCCCCCCUGCGCCUGGACUAGCCGGACUAACACAAUUUGCCUUGCAGCUGAGCACAGCCUAACGUGCCCCUUCCUCCCCCAGGUGCGGGCAGGCGCAGAGCUCCCAGCUCCUGGGUCCGGGGUUGUGGGAGCUGGGGGAGAACCCCAGCUCCAGGCUGCCUGUGCCGCGGUGUCUGUGCCCACUGCGUGCUGUCCAGCCCCGUCUGUGUCCUCCCUUGCCUCUCACCUCCUGGCCUCUGUCUCCCCGCCCUGGCUCGCUCGAAGGCCAGGUGCUCGUGCCCCCUCCCCCCACUGUGUCUACCUCUGCCACCUUCCAUGUGCACCCUCCAAGUGGUCAGGGCUGGGGGACUCGGCCGGACAAGGAGACAGCCAGCUGGAGGGCAAGGGGCUCAGCCUGCCCUCUGGGCACCCCAGCCCGCCUCAGCAGGAGGGUCUGGCCAGGUGGGAAGGCCUUGGAGCGGCCCAUCUCCCAGCUGGGGGUUCCCCCACCCCUCCACCCUCUCUCUGUGCAGAAGGUUCCCCCUCCCACCUGAGGGCUGUCUGCCCACCUGCCCUGUCCCUGCCCCCCACCCCCAUGCCUCUCCUUCUUCCCGUGUCUCCCCUCUGUGACGUCUCCCCAACACCGCCUGCCCACCUGACUCCGAGGAGGGGACGGGGGCGGGGAAGCAGGACGGAGGAAGGACAGGAAAGGGGCGUGUUGCCGAGAAAGGAACAAAAGCAAUUUAAUCUUUUUUUUCUCUUUUUUUUUUUUCUUGCACAUUUUUUUUCACUUUGUUUUCUCUCUCUCUUCCGAUGCUUAAAGUAGAAGUGGAGCAGAAAGUCUUCGUAUGCCCAGGGACCCUGCAGAAGGUGCUGGAGCCCACCUCGACACACGAGUCGGAACACCAGUCUGGUGCGUGGUGCAAGGACCCGCUGCAGGCCGGGGACCGCAUCUACGUGAUGCCUUGGAUCCCCUACCGCACGGACACGCUGACCGAGUACGCCUCCUGGGAGGACUACGUGGCCGCCCGUCACACCACCACCUACCGCCUGCCCAACCGCGUGGACGGCACCGGCUUCGUGGUCUACGACGGCGCGGUCUUCUACAACAAGGAACGCACACGCAACAUCGUCAAGUACGACCUCCGGACUCGCAUCAAGAGCGGGGAGACAGUCAUCAACACAGCCAACUACCACGACACCUCGCCGUACCGCUGGGGCGGCAAGACCGACAUCGACCUGGCGGUGGAUGAGAACGGGCUGUGGGUCAUCUACGCCACCGAGGGCAACAACGGGCGGCUGGUGGUGAGCCAGCUCAACCCCUACACGCUGCGCUUCGAGGGCACCUGGGAGACGGGCUACGACAAGCGCUCGGCCUCCAACGCCUUCAUGGUGUGCGGCGUGCUGUACGUGCUGCGCUCCGUGUACGUGGACGACGACAGCGAGGCGGCCGGCAACCGCGUGGACUACGCCUUCAACACCAACGCCAACCGCGAGGAGCCCGUCGGCCUCGCCUUCCCCAACCCCUACCAGUUCGUCUCUUCGGUGGACUACAACCCGCGCGACAACCAGCUGUACGUCUGGAACAACUACUUCGUGGUGCGCUACAGCCUGGAGUUCGGGCCGCCCGACCCCAGCGCAGGCCCAGCCACUUCUCCACCCCUCAGCACGACCACCACAGCCCGGCCCACCCCGCUCACCAGCACAGCCUCACCUGCGGCCACCACCCCGCUCCGCCGGGCACCCCUCACCACGCACCCCGUGGGUGCCAUCAACCAGCUGGGACCUGACCUGCCUCCAGCCACAGCCCCAGCGCCCAGCACCCGACGGCCCCAGGCCCCCAAUCUGCACGUGUCCCCCGAGCUCUUUUGUGAACCUCGGGAAGUGCGGCGGGUCCAGUGGCCGGCCACCCAGCAGGGGAUGCUGGUGGAGAGGCCGUGCCCCAAGGGGACACGAGGAAUUGCCUCCUUCCAGUGUCUGCCGGCCCUGGGGCUCUGGAAUCCCCGGGGCCCUGAUCUCAGCAACUGCACCUCCCCCUGGGUCAACCAGGUGGCCCAGAAGAUCAAGAGUGGGGAGAAUGCAGCCAACAUUGCCAGCGAGCUGGCCCGCCACACCAGGGGCUCUAUCUAUGCGGGCGACGUCUCCUCCUCUGUGAAGCUGAUGGAGCAGCUGCUGGACAUCCUGGACGCCCAGCUACAGGCCCUGCGGCCCAUCGAGCGCGAGUCAGCCGGCAAGAACUACAACAAGAUGCACAAGCGCGAGCGAACCUGUAAGGACUACAUCAAGGCCGUGGUGGAGACGGUGGACAACCUGCUGCGGCCAGAGGCUCUAGAGUCCUGGAAGGACAUGAACGCCACGGAGCAGGUGCACACUGCCACCAUGCUGCUGGACGUCCUGGAGGAAGGGGCCUUCCUGCUGGCCGACAACGUCCGGGAACCCGCCCGCUUCCUGGCCGCCAAGCAGAACGUGGUCCUAGAGGUCACCGUCCUGAACACAGAGGGCCAAGUGCAGGAGCUGGUGUUCCCCCAGGAGUACGCCAGCGAGAACUCCAUCCAGCUCUCCGCCAAGACCAUCAAGCAGAACAGUCGCAACGGGGUAGUCAAGGUCGUCUUCAUCCUCUACAACAACCUGGGCCUCUUCCUGUCCACGGAGAAUGCCACGGUGAAGCUGGCCGGAGAGGCGGGCGCGGGCGGCCCGGGUGGUGCCUCGCUGGUGGUGAACUCGCAGGUGAUCGCUGCAUCCAUCAAUAAGGAGUCCAGCCGCGUCUUCCUCAUGGACCCCGUCAUCUUUACGGUGGCCCACCUGGAGGCCAAGAACCAUUUUAAUGCGAACUGCUCCUUCUGGAACUACUCGGAGCGCUCCAUGCUGGGCUACUGGUCGACCCAGGGCUGCCGCCUGAUAGAGUCCAACAAGACACACACCACGUGUGCCUGCAGCCACCUGACCAACUUCGCCGUGCUCAUGGCCCACCGCGAGAUCUACCAGGGCCGCAUCAACGAGCUGUUGCUGUCUGUCAUCACGUGGGUGGGCAUCGUGGUCUCGCUGGUCUGCCUGGCCAUCUGCAUCUCCACCUUCUGCUUCCUGCGGGGGCUGCAGACUGACCGCAACACCAUCCACAAGAACCUGUGCAUCAACCUCUUCUUGGCCGAGCUGCUCUUCCUCGUCGGCAUAGACAAGACUCAGUAUGAGAUCGCUUGCCCCAUCUUUGCCGGCCUGCUGCACUACUUCUUCCUGGCGGCCUUCUCCUGGCUCUGUCUGGAGGGCGUGCACCUCUACCUGCUGUUGGUGGAGGUGUUUGAGAGCGAGUAUUCCCGCACCAAGUACUACUACCUGGGCGGCUACUGCUUCCCCGCCCUGGUGGUGGGCAUUGCGGCGGCCAUCGACUACCGCAGCUACGGCACUGAGAAGGCCUGCUGGCUCCGCGUGGACAACUACUUCAUCUGGAGCUUCAUCGGCCCCGUCUCCUUCGUCAUCGUGGUGAACCUGGUGUUCCUCAUGGUGACGCUGCACAAGAUGGUACGCAGCUCUUCUGUGCUCAAGCCCGACUCCAGCCGCCUCGACAACAUCAAAUCCUGGGCCUUGGGGGCCAUCGCGCUGCUCUUCCUGCUGGGUCUCACCUGGGCCUUCGGCCUCCUCUUCAUCAACAAGGAGUCUGUGGUCAUGGCCUAUCUCUUCACCACCUUCAACGCCUUCCAGGGGGUCUUCAUCUUCGUCUUUCACUGCGCCUUACAGAAAAAGGUGCACAAGGAGUACAGCAAGUGCCUGCGUCACUCCUACUGUUGCGUCCGCUCCCCGCCGGGGGGCACGCACGGCUCCCUCAAGACCUCAGCCAUGCGCAGCAACACCCGCUACUACACAGGGACCCAGAGCCGGAUCCGGAGGAUGUGGAACGACACCGUGAGGAAACAGACGGAAUCCUCCUUCAUGGCAGGUGACAUCAACAGCACCCCCACCCUGAACCGAGGUACCAUGGGGAACCACCUACUGACCAACCCUGUGCUGCAGCCCCGUGGAGGCACCAGCCCCUACAACACUCUUAUUGCUGAGUCAGUGGGCUUCAAUCCCUCCUCGCCCCCCGUCUUCAACUCCCCAGGGAGCUACCGGGAACCCAAGCACCCCCUGGGUGGCCGGGAGGCCUGCGGCAUGGACACCCUUCCCCUCAACGGCAACUUCAACAACAGCUACUCCUUGCGGAGCGGGGACUUCCCUCCUGGGGACGGGGCUCCCGAGCCUCCCCGGGGCCGGAACCUGGCCGACGCAGCCGCCUUUGAGAAGAUGAUCAUCUCGGAGCUGGUUCACAACAACCUGCGGGCGAGCAGCAGUGUGGCCAAGGGCCCCCCGCCGCCAGAGCCGCCUGUGCCCCCGGUGCCUGGGGGCGGCAGUGAAGAAGAGGCGGGGGGGCCUGGGGGUGCUGACCGGGCCGAGAUUGAACUUCUCUACAAGGCCCUGGAGGAGCCGCUGCUGCUGCCCCGGGCCCAGUCGGUGCUGUACCAGAGCGAUCUGGACGAGUCAGAGAGUUGCACGGCAGAGGAUGGCGCCGCCAGCCGGCCCCUCUCCUCCCCUCCCGGCCGGGACUCCCUCUAUGCCAGUGGGGCCAACCUGCGGGACUCACCUUCCUACCCGGACAGCAGCCCCGAGGGGCCCAGCGAGGCCCUGCCCCCGCCCCCACCCGCGCCCCCUGGCCCCCCAGAAAUCUACUACACCUCUCGCCCGCCGGCCCUGGUGGCCCGGAACCCCCUGCAGGGCUACUACCAGGUGCGGCGACCCAGCCACGAGGGCUACCUGGCAGCCCCUGGCCUGGAGGGGCCAGCGCCUGAUGGGGAUGGGCAGAUGCAGCUGGUCACCAGUCUCUGAGGGACCUCAAGGACCAGCGGCUAGUGGCCCAAUGCUGAGAAGGAACCUUGGGCCCGGCUCUGGUAGGGAAGGGGACUGGCAGAAGUAGUGGGGGGGGGGGCCACUAUCUCCAGAGGGCACCCCAGGGCUCUGGGCCCGACAGCCCCCUCCAGGAGAACUCCGUCCCAUGUAGGGGCCUGAGGUCCAGGGUCACAGACAGGGUUUCCCACCAGCCACAGGCACCAGCUCUGUUUUGGGGGAAGUGCAGUGAGGGGCCCAGAGUCCCCUGCCCCAACCCAGGCAGUGUGAGGAGUGGGAGAGGAAGGGGCACAGCCCUCUGCUGGAUGCCCCUCCCAUCCCUGUCCUUGCCUUCCUGGGGGGUGGGAAGACAGGUGGGAGGAGCAGCUGCCUUCCGAGGUUGCCCAGGUGGUGCUGGAUGGAACCGGUUGAUCCGAUGGGUCAGCUGGUUGACCAGUCAGCUGCUCGCGGUAGCUCCUGCUGGAGGAAGCAGCGGGGCUGAAGGAUGGGGGGCAGGUUUCUCGGGCUCCCCCCUGCUGCUCUCUGGACAGUGGGACCUGAGCCCCUGAGAAAGGCCAGGGCUAUGGCUGGUGGUUUAAAGGUGGAACUUUCUCCGAAGCUCCUUCCCCUGCUCUUCAUCCUCACGCCCCUCCCCCUCCAGCAAGCUGCCCCUAGCCCUCCAUGACUGCACCCAAUGACCCCCUCCCUUGGGGCGACUCCUGAUGAAGCACAACGCCCUGCAGGGCCCCCAGCCCACAGGGGUGGCCAUAUUGGGGCAGUCCCCAGUCCUGUGGGCUCGGCUGUCUGGGGAGCAGAUUUUGGGUCUGGAGCUCCCUGGGGAGAGUGGGUCCUGGGCUCAGAUCUCCCCCUAGGGGGCCCUCUUUUCCUCCCCCUCGCCUCCUCCCCCAUCGCUGUAAAUAUUUCAACGAAAUGGAAAAGACAAAAAAAAGAAAAAGGAAAAAAAACAAAAAAAGAAAAUCUCAUCACUUGAAGCCACCGGGAGCCUGCGGCCCAGGCCCACGCCGGCUCUCCCAGGGGGGCCCAGCAGCGCCCGCCACUCCCGGCAGCCAGGACUCUCCUCCGCGUGCGUGCAGACCCAGCCAGGCAGGGCGGGCAACUGCAGCUUUUUACAACCCAGAGACGGAAAACACAACCUAGAAGCAACAGCGAAACAAAGAACCUGUCUCCUUCCUGGUACCACGUGUCUGUCCUCUCUUCCUCCUCCUCCUCCUCCUCCUCUUCUUCCUCCUCGUCUGCCCCUGCCAGGCGCCAGCCAGCCCUCCUGGGGCGUGUACCUCACCGCCUGCCCCAGGAACAGGGGCCUGCCCCCCACCCCACCUUCCCCUCCCCACUGGCCCAAGGGAGACGCCCUCACACCCAAAGAUGCUUUUGCCAAGCUGGCUGAGCCGCCCCUCUGAGUUCCCGCUUCUCGUAUAUUGCUUCUGGGACUCUGGGCCAGGGAGACAGGGCUCUGUCCUUCUAGAGAGAGGAGUGGGGGAUUGAAGACAGGAGCCACAGGGAGAGGGUGGCAGGCCAAGCUGA